UCUGAUUUUGACUUUCAUACAGGAGAGAGACGGGACUAUCGUGGAUCCUCUGGGGAGCCUCAACAACCUCAUGAUGCUGACGAGGCAGAGAAGAGUCUCUCCACAUCAGGACACCUCAAGAAACACCAUCAGAGACCCACAGGGAAGAAAUCUCACUGCUCUGACCGUGGGAAACGUUGCAGAUUUUCAUCAGAACUUCAAAAAUACCAGCGAGUACACACAGGAGAGAAACCUUAUAGCUGUAAUCAAAGUGGGAAGAGUUUUACUCAUUCAAGUAAUCUGAAAACACACCAGAGAACACACACAGGAGAGAAACCUUAUAGCUGUGAGCAAUGUGGGAAAAACUUUUCUCGGGGAGAAAGCCUUAAAGAGCACCAGAGAACACACACAGGAGAGAAACCUUAUAGCUGUGAUCAGUGUGGCAAGAGUUUUACUCAGUCAAGCAACCUGGUAUCACACCAGAGAACACACACAGGAGAGCAGCCAUAUAGCUGUAAUCAAUGUGGGAAGAGUUUUUCUCGGAUAGACCACCUUAAAGGACAUCAGAGAACACACACAGGAGAGAGACCUUAUAGCUGUGAUCAGUGUGGGAAGAGUUUUACUCAGUCAAACAGCCUGAAUAGACACAAGAGAACACACACAGGAGAGAAACCUUUUAGCUGUGAUCGAUGUGAGAAAAGCUUUUCUCGGAUAGAAUACCUUAAAGGACACCAGAUAACACAUACAGGAGAGAAACCUUAUAGCUGUGAUUAAUGUGGGAAAAGCUUUGGUAGAACUUAUUAUCUGACUGAACAUAAGCAAACACACCCAGGAGACAAACCUUACCACUGCUCUGACUGUGGGAAGCUCUUUAAUUCCCUUAGAAGCCUGACACAACACCAGAGAACACACACAGGAGACAAACCUUACCACUGCUCUGACUGUGGGAAGAGCUUUACUUCCCUAAGAAGCCUGGCACAACACCAGAGAACACACACAGGAGACAAACCUUACCACUGCUCUGACUGUGGGAAGAGCUUUACUUCCCUAAGAAACCUGACACAACACCAGAUGUGUCCUCUCUGGAAAAAAGCAGGAGCAGACAUUUCUGAACUCUUAACCAACAGGCCUUUACACCCAUGAAUGAGUAUCAAUAAUGUGUCACUAUUUCUGAGGCUACAUUAUGUAUCGUUCAGCAGAUUUACUUUGUAAUAUUCAUUUAUUUGUUUUUAUCUCUUGAUUUAUUUGACAGAUUGCCAAUAGUGUGAAAACCUGUCAUCAAGGCAAAGGGUUUUAAAGAAUAUACAAUACAUUUUGAUUUGUUUAACACUUUUUUUGGUUACUUCAGGAUUCCAUUGUGUUAUUUCAUAGUUUUGAUGUCUUCACUAUUAUUCUACAAAUGUAGAAAAUAGUAAAAUAAAGUAAAACACUUAAGAGUAGAUGUGUCAUAUCUAUAUAUAUAUAUAUAUAUAUAUAUAUUGUAUACAUGGCUUAGUGCAUCGUUACAUUAGCCAUUUAGCCCCAAUAUGAAACUCAACUAGUCUCUCACUGUUUAAUCAGAAUAACAUGAGUUGUGCCUUUCAAACUGUUAGACUGUUAGUCCUUAAUCAUAUUCAGCUACUUACAGUGGAAAGAAAAAGUAUGUGAACCCUUUGGAAAUACCUGUAUUUUUGCAUAAAUUGGUCAUAAAAUUUGAUCUGAUCUUCAUCUAGGUCACAACAAUAGACAAACACAGUCUGCUUAAA